AUGAAAAAAUCAUGCAACAACAAUUUGCUGAUAAUGUUGGAAGGAGGCAACAAUUUGAUUAAACACAAAAUCUCCGAAUCAUCAUCACUCUUUAAAAUUACCAAUAAUAUUCAAAAGAGAGGAUUAGGACUUGUGCUUGUUGGAAGUCUUGCUGUUUCAUCAUUGCCAUUGUGGAAGGCUUGGAAACAAGUGAGUGAAACAAGACAAAUUUUGAAGAAGGCUGAUGAAUCGAAUCAUUGGCCUUUUGCCCAAGGAGUUAUUCAAUCAGUAGAAUUAGAGGAAGGUAAAAUUCUAUUCGGAUUAACAAAUGCUUGUAGAUUGAAUAUUAAAUAUGAAUAUAAAUUAGGAACUAGUCAAUACUAUCAAAAACAUCCAACAGGGUCGGGCUAUAGAAAAAUUGAUUUAACACCAAAAAAGUUGUUUUUGGAUGAAAAGGAUAGUAAUGUAUUUAUUCCUCUCAUGCCUACUUCUAUUGAUCCAGAGGAGCCAUUAGUGAUAACAAGUGGAAAGCCAAGAAUAUUUAAUAAUGAUAGAGUAUUUUGGACAGUUCCAUACUGGUUUGUUGGAAGUGGAGAAGAAAUGAAAAAUAAUUUAUUGGGAUUGGUUGAAGAAUUCAAAAAGGACGAGGUUAUUCUUGUGAGAAUUAAUCCUAUAGAUCCAAAAGAUUCAGUAUUAAUAGCUGGAAAGCAAACAUUUGAUCAAUCUUGGAGAUUCACAUUUGUUUAUUUAUCUAUUAUGGCGUUGUUAUCACUCAUAACAUUUGCAACAACGUACUAUUCUCUUAUUUCAACUAUUGGGGAAUUUGAAAUCAAUACUAGGUCUAAAGAGACACCUCCAAAGGAAGAAAAAUCGUCAAAUUGGCUUUCUACAAUGGUUUGGUAUGUGAAUGAAUAUUACAGAUUCUUUUCAUCUGUAGUUCUUAAUAGACACAAAACCGAAGCUCUCCCACCACCAAACCAAAAUCAAAAGCCAAAAUUUAUUGAUGUGAACGAAUUAAAGGAGGAGAAGAAUUGA